AAUUAAAUAAAAACAAAAUAUUUGAAAUGCCAAAAAUACAAAGGAAUGGCGAGCAGAGACAGAGUACCGCGAGAUUGUGAGCUUCUCAUUCCGGUGGCCGACUCCGGCGACAAAGAUGCUUUGUCCAAACCCUCCUCAUCUUCCUCCUCCUCCCACCACACAGGCCACGAGUGUGUCCUAUUUCCAAUAGCGAUCACUUUCUAUAUAGCGUGGUGGUAUAUUCACUUUGUGAAUAGCUUCUUCUUUCCAAUCCAUGCUCAACUUGGAAUCAACAUUUUUGGUCCUGGAUUUGUGAACAUGCAUUCGGGUUCAUCACUUCAUCCGUUGUCCUUGAGAAUUAUUUUGAAGAGCUAUUCUGGAGAUGAAGAGUUGUGUUUAUGUUCCCACGAACCAUCAUUACAUUGGUGAUGUGUUCCUGGUCAACACCAAGGAUGUUAUCAGACCAAAUUUAUCCGUAUGGGAGGGAAUUGGUGAGUAAGCUUAGGGAUGAAUAGACUUGAGCCCCUAGCUUGAAUUUACCUACCAUGUCCCAAACCUGAAAAUGAUAGAUUUAACUAGAGACAGAAAAGAGUUGCUUUUAUCUCCAUGAAGUUGUAUUUAUCAUCUAUGCGGUCUGUUCUCUGUUUAAGUAUGGUUAAAAGUAACUUGAUUAUGUAAUGUCCAGUGUUGACUAUUAAGUAUGGUUACGCUGGUAAAAUGAGAACGUGCAUUUGACUAGAAAAUGUUGGGUGCAUUUUGUAAAGAUAUAUUAGAUGUUUCAGAUAUUGACAAGUGCACGUAGAUUAGGUUGCUAAGAAGUUAAGUUUAGUAGUUAACUUACUUAGUGACUAAGAUAGCCUUGUCUAUAUAUAUAUAUGUAACUGUUGUAACUCAGAGUAUUCAUUCAUUCAAUACAUACAAGAUAUAAUUCCUUUCUCUCAAA